GAGAGAGAGAGAGAGAGAGAGAGAGAGAGACAGAGAGAGACAGAGAGAGACAGAGAGAGAGAGAGAGAGAGAGAGAGAGAGAGAGAUAAAACAAGGAUGCUGUGGAUUGAAUGAAAGAAGGAACUGGACAGUCCUAAAUCUGUCCUCCGGAUGCGAGCGUCUGCUCCUCUCCUCCACCGCAGUGCAGCAAGGUAAAACACACCACGGAUCUCAUCGGCUGCUACACGCUCACAGUCCCCGACACACUCUCCCUCCGGCCCAGAAGGAGGAGGAGGGGGAACAGCUGGAUGUGGAGGGUGUUGGGGGAGCAUCAGGAGCAGGACAGGGGGGGCAGACCUAGCAGUGGAGGAGAAUGGGAGCUGAGCAGUCCCUGGAAGAUGGACAGGCCCCCAGUCUAACAAAGGAGCACACAGAGACCAUGAGCUCAGACUCUGACGGAGCGUUCGAGACACCGGAGUCGACCACCCCUGUCAAGUCCCCCACUGGAGAGACAGACCGUCAUACCCAGCUGCUGACCUCGGAAGACACCGGUCUUGGCUGUGACUCUGAGGCAGAUGGUGAACCCGGGUCAGAGGCUAAAGGUCACCAUGGUAGCUCCCUGUCCAUAGUCUUUGACGAGGACAAGCCCAUAGCUGCUAGUGGAGCGUAUAACCUAGACCAGCUCAUUGCUGCUGCUGCUGCUGCUGCUGAGGCCCAGAGCCGAUCAACUCUGACCCGCUCUCUGAGCCUCCAGGCUGGGGAGCUAGACGGCUCCGGCCCCCUAGACAGCGUAGGAUCCUCCCUCUCAACCGGAGACUCCCUUCCCUUGGCUGAGGCCUUUAGUAUCGACAGUGGUACUGAGAGUGCUCCUGGGACCCUCCGCAGACCGUCCAAGAAGGGGCCUCUCCGCACUGGCGGCUCCCUGAAACAGAAGCCUCUCCUCAGGCAGAGCUCUAACCCAGAGAGCCCCCAACCUCCAUCCUCUGGUAUCACACCGGAGCUGAAAAAGAGCACCAGAACAUCUAGCCCCCUAUUGGGCUCCGAUGACCAGGAAGUAGGAGGAGCCACAACAGACUCUGGCCCUGCCUCGGCCACUCCCAGUCCAGGAGGCACGCUCCGCAGAACCAGGAAGUCACGCGUGGAAAGCCCCGCCCCUCUCAUUGAAGAGACCAAUCACACUAGCCCAGCGACAGAUAACCAACCAAUCCCAACCCCUACUCCUGUUCCGACCCAGGCCAUUUCCAUAUCCCUCCGACAGGAGGAUACCCCCAUCCCAGUGCCGGAAGCCCCUCUCCCAGCCAGUGAGGGCUCCUCUCCCAUCCCCCCUAGUGGGGCCUACAAAUGGGACCCAGACAACUUUGAGGACAUCGACCCAUUCAACACCGGAGGUAGUAAAGUCGCUAACUCCCCCCCGUUGGGACGGAAAGGAGUCGCUAACUCCCCCCCGUUGGGACGGAAAGAAGUCUCUGCGUCCAUUGCUCACAAAACUGUCACUCCUGUGUCUAACCCCCCUCCUGUCUCUACUGAGGAACAAGCUCGUCCCUCUACCAGCCCCCCUAUUCGCACCUCAGGGGCGGUCAGACUGGAGUUUGACUAUUCUGAGGAGACCCUCGAGGAGCCUCCUAAGGCCUCUCCACCUCCCAAGAAGCUGGGCAGGAAGCCAGGCUCCAAGAUGCCUCUGAGGAAGCCCAGGAUGGGCCUGAAGAAGGUCGUCCAGCCGCCAUCCGAACCCCUCGACAACACGCCCGCCACCGUCCCCGGUGAUGACCUCCCUAUCCAUAAGGCUUCCUAUAACUUUGACCCCGCCCAGUGGGACGACCCUAACUUCAACCCGUUCGGCUCUAACAGCGAGAUCCCCGUCUCUCCCAAGCUGAACAAACCCUCCCGUAGAUUCGACUCUGACACCUUCGACGAGUCUGCUGCCUUCAAGUCCUCCUCCAAUAGCAUGGCUGCGUCUCCGCCCACGGCUGCCUCAGGCUCCGCCUCCUUUGAGGUGUCGGCCAAUGACAAUGAGGUUGAUAACGAUAAUGAUAACGUUGGGGAGCUGGAGGACCACAACCAGAACAAACCAUCCAAAACGAAGAAGAAACCUAUCAAAUCGAACACUUUCAGAGUCAAGAGGUCCCCAAAGAGGUCGGCCAUGUCUGAUCCAUCAUCACAAGAACCCACCCCAGUAGAUGAAGCCCAGCCUCCUAUCCCCCCGCUACAGGACGACCACGCCACAGACGAGGAGAAGCUGGCCUCUUCCUCCAAUCACAAAGAGAAGCUUGCUUCCUCAGCCAAUCACAAAUGGGCAUCCAUGGAGGCGGAGCUAACCUCUGACCCCCAGGAGGACUUCCCGCAGCCAUCUGACCUCACAGCCUUCGUCAACGAGAACAAUCGAGUGCCAGACUAUGAGAUUGAGUACAUGGAGAAGAUCGGCCCCCCUUCGCCGACUCUGUUUGUGAAGAAACCUUCCACUCUCUACCUGAAGCUGGACUCUGUGACAGACAGCCUGACCAAGCCUAACCAAGGAUCAGAACUCAACUCUCCCUGCACAGGGUACAACACACUGGGGAGUUUUGAGGAGAUAGAGGCCCAGAUCACAGCCCAGAUGAAGACUCCUGUGCUGGGCUCCAGACCUGGUCCAGAAGGGUCUCGACCCGGUCUUGAGGGGUCCACUGGAGAGAAAGAGAAGACCAGGAAGAGAGAGAGCCAGUCACUCAGCCGGACACAGAGCACAGACAUUGAGCAUGGUGCGAAACCCAGCCAGGGCUCUAUGGAGGUCCAAGGUCCAGACCCUGGCCCAUCCCCAGACGUACCCUUCUUAGCCAGGCUGUCUGAGUGCCCUGACCCCCUAGCCUACCUGGAGGCUGUGGAGACUGACCUGGCAGAGACCAACCCCACUGCUUUCGCCCUCAAACUACAGGAGGAACUGGUUCUAGCUGCUCUGAGGAUAGAGGCUCUUCAGGUAGCCAAAUACAUCUCAGACAGCCCCUCCCUCUCCACUGUCACCCCCCAGCAGAGAGACAGAGAAGUGAUGUCAUCAACACUGGACAGGGACUGCGCGGAUACCAAGAGUUCUCUCUACACCCGGACAGCGGGCUACGGAGAGGGGGAGAGGGAGAGCCCCUAUCCACCCAAAGACAUGGAGCACUCCCUGGGCAUCGCACGAGAAGAGAUCGUGUUCAAGGAAAAGGAGGUACUGGAGUGGCAGAGGAAGUACGAGGACAGUCGACAGGAAGUGCUGGAGAUGAGGAGAAUCGUGGCAGAGUAUGAGAAGACCAUUGCACAGAUGAUUGGGCUGCCAGACGAUGAGCAGAAGGAUAAGUCUCUGUCUCACCACACCAUCCAGCAGCUGAUCAUAGAGAAGGACCAGGCUCUUUCAGACCUCAACUCUGUAGAGAAGAGUCUGGCUGAACUGUUCAGACGUUACGAGAAGCUGAAGGACGUCCUCGAGGGCUACCGCAAGAAUGAGGAGGUGCUGAAGAAAUGCGCUCAGGAGUAUCUGUCCAGGGUCCGUAAGGAGGAACAACGUUACCAGGCCCUGAAGAUUCACGCCGAGGAGAAACUAGACAAGGCGAACUCCGACAUCGCCCAGGUGAGGAUGAAGUCCCGUCAGGAGACAGCAGCGUACCAGGCCUCUCUCAGGAAGGAGACUAUGAAGGUGGACUCACUGGAGAGAACUCUUGAGCAGAAGAACAAAGAGAUCGAAGAACUGACCAAGAUCUGUGACGAGCUGAUCGCCAAGAUGGGAAAGAGCUAGCAACACUGAAUACGUCCAUGUCUCCAGGGCCUGAGGGGGAAGGAUAGAAGAAAGAACCACAUCCUCAUCUUUCUCUCUUCUUUUACGUCCAAACCUUCCCUUUGGACUGAUGGGCAGCUGGACAGAUGGACAGUUGGACAGAUGGACAGCUGGACAGAUGGACAGCUAGACAGUUGGACAGAUGGACAGCUGGACAGUUGGACAGAUGGACAGCUGGACAGAUGGACAGCUGGACAGAUGGACAGCUGGACUGAUGGGCAGCUGGACAGAUGGGCAGCUGGACUGAUGGGCAGCUGGACAGAUGGGCAGCUGGACAGAUGGACAGCUGGACAGAUGGACAGAUGGACAGCUGGACUGAUGGACAGUUGAAGCCACAGUGGUUUCUGGAUUUAAUAUACUACUGACUGACUGUGUACAUGUAUCUACUGGCAUCAUUGCACCCCCAGAGUAUUGGGAAGGGUCAAUGGUUGUCUUCUGUUUCACCCAGUACAUUUUGAUGUGCCAAUGUGCAAAACAUGUCCUGUAUCAGGGAUCCGGUGAAAGAGUGUUUUGAAAUGUACUCUAUAUCAUAAAUGAGAGAGAGAGUGUGGUGUGUGGGUGUGUAUGGUGUGUGGGUGGGUGGGUAUGC